AUGGCGGAUGAGAAUCAGGCUGGAAAUAAAGAGGAGGAAUUUAGCACAGGCCCUCUGUCAGUCCUAAUGAUGAGUGUUAAGAACAACACCCAGUGCUCAUCAAUUGCCGCAACAACAAGAAGCUACUUGGUCGGGUUCGUGCUUUUGAUCGCCACUUUUGUAACAUGGUGCUCGAGAACGUCAAGGGAGAUGUGGACGGAGCAGGCUGGAAAGAAAGAGGAGGAGGAAUUUAGCACAGGCCCUCUGUCAGUCCUAAUGAUGAGUGUUAAGAACAACACCCAGAAGCUACUUGGUCGGGUUCGUGCUUUUGAUCGCCAUCGUAACAUGGUGCUCGAGAACGUCAAGGGAGAUGUGGACGGAGUGCUCAUCAAUUGCCGCAACAACAAGAAGCUACUUGGUCGGGUUCGUGCUUUUGAUCGCCAUCUUUGUAACAUGGUGCUCGAGAACGUCAAGGGAGAUGUGGACGGAGUGCAAUUGACACGGGAUUCAUUUCUUUCCGUGUCCCCAAGACUGCAAAAGGGCGUAAAGAAGGCUCACGCUGUGAACAAGGAUAGAUUCAUCGCCAAGAUGUUCCUCGAGGCGACUCGGUCAUCAUCGUCUUUGAGAGACCCAAACCGAUCGCCCAACCAACAACUUGUGCUCAUCAAUUACCGCAACAACAAGAAGCUACUUGGUCGGGUUCGUGCUUUUGAUCGCCACCGUAACAUGGUGCUCAAGAACGUCAUGGGAGAUGUGGACGGAGUGCAAUUGACACGAUUCAUUUCUUUCCGUGUCCCCAAGACUGGCAAUGGCAAAAAGAAGGCUCGGCCUGUGAACAAGGAUAGAUUCAUCAGCAAGAUGUUCCUCAGGGGCGACUCGCAGGCUGGAAAGAAAGAGGGGGAGGAAUUUAGCACAGGCCCUCUGUCAGUCCUAAUGAUGAGUGUUAAGAACAACACCCAGGUGCUCAUCAAUUGCCGCAACAACAAGAAGCUACUUGGUCGGGUCCCCAAGACUGGCAAGGGCAAAAAGAAGGCUCUGCGUGUGAACAAGGAUAAAUUCAUCAGCAAGAUGUUCCUCAGGGGCGACUCGGUCAUCAUCGUGCUGAGGAACCUGAACUGA